UGGAGCACGUGCGUCGGUCAUGGCUGGGAAGACGCUGUGCGGCGGUUAUCUGGCUGUUGGCGAGGAGAGCUAGACACCGCCGCAGCUCCCCUUGAUUGAGGGAGUGAGAGUGCGUGUGUGUGUGUGUGUGUGUGUGUGUGCGCGCGUGUGUGUAUGUAUGUGAAUCUGGAUCUAUGCACAUGUAGAUGCUGCAUGGGCUGCAACCGGAGCUGGUGGUGAAUAAUGCAGAUAGGGGAACGGAGUUUGGAUAGCACGCAGGGAGCCAGAUUAAUAAUGCAUCCUGCCGGGUUACAAGCCCUGCAUUAGUUAGUUUUGCUGGAACCUGUAGCUGCUUACUGUCUGCCUGACUUAGUUACUCCUCGCCUACCUUUUUACCUGACAGGCGGACUGCCUGACAUACUCAGAAAAUGUCUCACUACCAUUUCAUCAAAUGCUGUUGUUUCCAGCUAUGUAAUGUCUUUCGUCAGAACAUGGAGAUAGACCAGUGUCUGCUGGAGUCUCUCCCCAUUGGCCAGCGCCAGCGGCUGGUCAGGAGGAUGCGCUGUGACCAAAUAAGGGCGUACUACGAGAGGGAAAAGAGCUUUCAGCGCCAGCAAGGUGACAGCAAGGUUCGAGCCCCGCCCACCCACCGCAAGAAACACCACGUCCGCUUCAGCCUCCCCGACAUCGUACAGGAUGCCAUCAUUCGCCAUGACGACAAAGAAGUAUUGCGUCUUCUGAAGGAGGGAGCAGACCCCAACACUCCCAUUUCUUCUGGAGGAUCCUUGCUACACCUGUGUGCUCGCCAUGACAAUGUGUUUGCGGCGGAACUUCUGAUUGAGCGAGGAUUGAAUGUCAACCUGCAGGACGAAGACCUGUGGACAGCCCUGCAUGUAGCAUGUGUAUGUGACCAUGCAGAUGUGGUGCUGCUGCUGCUGCUGGCUGGGGUGAAUGUUCUGCUGCAGGACGUCAACGGAAACAUCCCUUUAGACUACGCCUCUGAGGGAACUGAGACCAGCUACAUCCUACGAAAACACCUGGAGGAAAAUGGUGUGGAUGUGUCAUCCAUGCACACCAUGAAGACACAGAGACCCAGCACAAUGCUGUCUGAUGUUAGACAGCUUGUAACCACAGGCGGAAGCCUCAACCAGACUAAUGAUGACGGGGUCACUCUGCUCCACAUAGCAUGUGCCAGUGGUUAUAGAGAGGUGGUGUCUGUGUUGUUGGAGAGUGGGGUGGACCCUCAUCCUGCUGAUAACAACUUUUGGACCCCUCUCCACCUGGCUGCUAAAUAUGGACAGACAAGCAUCGUUAGCCAGCUCCUGAGACACGGAGCAAACCCAACUCUGUUGAACUGCAACCAAGAUAAGCCCUCAGACAUUGCUGUGUCAGAGCCCAUAGCUGAGAUGCUGCUAAACGCAGAGGAGAGCUGGCUGCAGAGACUGACGGACCCCUCAGCUCCUCUACCCCGCACUGACCAACGCUAUGAUGGCGGUUCUCACGAUCUCAACACUCCUGUCAAGAACAUGAGCCCCCUGGGUCUCUCUAUCUCUAAGCGAGACAGUUUGCUGGAGAAGUGUGCCAUGUUCAGAGAGGCAGGUGGAGCACUGAGCCGACAGCCCUCCCAGGACAAUGGCCUAGAUGGCCCCUUUAGCUCUGGAAGCAGCAAACUGGAGCAGGUCAAGCUGAUGCCACCAGCCCCCAAUGAUGACCUGGCGUCCCUCAGUGAGCUGACUGACAGCAGCCUGCUCUACGAGAUGCAGAAGCGGUUUGGCAAUGACCAAAUAUAUACUUACAUUGGACACAUCCUUCUGCUGGUCAAUCCAAACAAAGAGCUGCCCAUCUACUCCACUUUGGUGAGCCAGUUGUACCUGAGCUCCACAGGUCGUCUGUGCUCCUCUCUGCCUCCUCACAUCUUCUCCUCAGCAGAAAGAGCUUACCACAUGAUGCUGCAGGAGAGACGCCCGCAGUGUUUUAUCUUGAGUGGCGAAAGUGGUUCUGGGAAAACAGAGGCCUCUAAGCACAUAGUGAGACACUUGACAGCCCGCUCCAGCCCCAAAGGCUUUGCGCUGGAGCCCAGAAUGAAACACGUUAACUGUAUUCUGGAGGCCUUUGGUCAUGCAAAGACUCUGAGGAACAACAACUCAAGCCGCUUUAUCAAGCUGUUGACCAUCCAGUACUGUGAAAAGAGAAGGACGCUGCUCCGAGCCCAUGUGUACACCCACAUGCUGGAGAAGUCUCGCCUGGUCCACCUGCCUCCUCACCAACACAACUUCAGCAUCUUCUAUCUGAUGGCUGAAGGCCUGUCACCGGAGGAGAACAGCGCACUUUACCUCAACAACAUCCUGGCUCAUAGGUAUCUUAGUGGAGGACUUCCAGGAGAGAAGCCUCCAAUAGCUACAGCCUCUACCCAGAGCAGGGAACGCCUCGCAGCAGUCAAGCAAGCUCUGCGAGCCCUGGGUUUCAACAAACAGGAGGUUGACUCAGUGUUCAUGCUGUUAUCCGCUGUGCUCCAUAUUGGGGACCUACGUUUUACGGCAUUGACAGAUGCCGAUACAGCCUUCCCUUCUGACCUGCAGCUGCUGGAGAGAGUUUCUGGAAUGUUGCAGGUGUGCUCCAAUGACUUAAGCACGGCCCUCACCUCAGACAUUCAGUACUUCAAAGGUGACGUGAUCACUCGGCGCCACACAGUGGAAAUGUCAGAACAGUACAGAGACCAGCUCGCAAAGGCCCUCUACGGACGCCUCUUCAGCUAUCUGGUCAACAGUACCAACGACUACCUUCAGGGACAGCAGGACAGCAUUGGUGAUCCUUCCUUAGAAAUUGGGAUCUUGGACAUCUUUGGGUUUGAAGAAGUUCAGAGGAAUGGAUUUGAGCAGCUGUGCGUGAACAUGACCAACGAGCGGCUGAGACAGUUCGUCUCUGAGGUGCUGUUCCAGCAGGAGCAGGCUGAGUGUCUGCAGGAGGGCAUUGCCAUGGAGAGCCCGCGCUCCCCCACCAUCCAACCAGCCGUUGUGGACUUCUUUCUUCAGAAGCCUCAAGGACUGCUGUGUGUGUUAGAUGAGGAGAGCCAGAGCCUGCGGCCAGCAGAGCAGACCCUGUACAAGAGGCUGUCAACCCAGCUGGACUCCAAUCCGACUCACGGCCUCUCUCUCACAACCAAGGACGGCAAUGGAAACCCCCCCCCCAAAGACCAGGGCCCAGCAUUUACUGUCAGCCACUAUGCUGGACAGAUUUCAUAUGACCUCACGGGGUCACUCACAAGAAACAAGGACUCCCUUCCUCAGAAUCUCUUGUUAAUGAUGAAGUCCAGCGAGUGUGUGUUACUGCAGCAGCUCUUCCAGUCCAAGUUGACUCAGACUGGUUCUCUGGUGCCAGCAGCCCAGGGCCGUGCUGGGCUGAGGGGGCCUAAAGCUGCACUGUUGCUCCACAGGAUGUCAUCAUCCUCCCUUGUCACUGCCAAUACUGUCCCCCAGCAGCCCCGGAGGUUCCAUGAUCUUACCAAGAUCUUGAAGAAAAAAGGCUCAAGCUCCUUCCUCCAACGGCUAGAGCGUUGUGGGCCCAUCACAGUUGCAGUCCAGCUGAGGAACUCGCUGUCAGAGGUGAUCAGUAAGCUGCAGGCUUCCACCCCUCACUUUGUGGAGUGUGUGCGCCCCAACGCCAGUGGUCAGCCAGACAGUUUUGACAGCUUCCAUGUGUCUACCCAGCUGAAGUACAUCGGGGUACUGGAGAUGGUGCGCAUGAUUCGUUAUGGAUACCCUGUCCGCCUGUCCUUCCCAGCCUUCCUCAGCAGAUAUAAAGACCUCGUGGUCCCAACUUUGGGAGACAAAAAGAAACUGUCACCAGAGGAGAGAUGCCGCUCAGUUCUGCAACAGUUCAAACUCCAGGGAUGGCAGAUGGGCAGUAGUAAAGUGUUUCUGAGAUACUGGCAGGCAGACCAGCUCAACGACCGCUGCUACCAGCUUCAUAAAAAGAUCA